CGAAAUCCACUACAAAUAAUAAUCCCGUCUCCCUUCACCACCGGCCGUCGGCGUCACAAAUCCAAUCGGAGACGAAGAGCUUCUUCUACUCCCGCCAUCUCUUUCCUCCUCUCUCUCAGUGUUGAAAAUGGCCAAAAACAAUAAUUCGGGGAACUCUAAUAUUGCGCUGAAUGAAAGGAUCCUUUCCUCUAUGUCUCACAAAUCUGUUGCUGCUCAUCCCUGGCAUGACUUAGAAAUCGGUCCUGGUGCACCAGCGGUGUUUAAUUGUGUGGUUGAAAUUGGAAAGGGUGGAAAGGUUAAGUAUGAGCUUGAUAAAAACAGUGGCCUGAUCAAAGUUGAUCGAGUUCUCUACUCAUCCGUGGUUUAUCCACAUAACUAUGGGUUUAUUCCAAGGACUAUCUGUGAUGAUGGUGAUCCAAUGGAUGUCCUCAUACUUAUGCAGGAGCCUGUGCUGCCUAGUACCUUCCUUCGUGCCCGUGCAAUUGGAUUAAUGCCUAUGAUCGAUCAGGGUGAAAGGGAUGACAAGAUAAUAGCAGUGUGUGCAGAUGAUCCUGAGUUUCGUCAUUACAAUGACAUCAAAGAACUACCUCCACAUCGUCUUGCAGAGAUCCGCCGUUUUUUUGAGGACUACAAGAAGAAUGAGAACAAAUCAGUGGCAGUGGAAGACUUUUUGCCUGCAGAAGCUGCUGUUGAUGCUAUCAAGUAUUCCAUGGAUUUGUAUGCUUCUUACAUUGUGGAAAGCUUGCGGCAGUGACUAGCAGCGGAUUGGGGUUUUUGAACCUUCAGGGGGGCACCUCCUUGGCCAAGUAACUGUCUGAAUUCUUAUUCAGGUGAAAGUAUAUCAACCACUUUUGCCCUCUUAGCAAAAAACAUAUGUUUUUAAUCAAGCAGCAGUUCUGUUUUAAGUCUCCCUGGAGAGGACUCGGGUAAUCAUUUGACGCGGGAAACAAAAGACUUUAUGUUCCUCAGUAUUCUAUGACGCCCUCACUUGCGCUUCUGAACUUUUAUUUUUAAGAGACGAUGAUAGCAGAGAUAAUGUACUGUAUUAUUAAGUGAACUUAAAAAUAAGGCCAUGCUACAAGCACACCACACAUGACGCCAAAGUUUACACCGUUUAGUGUCUCAUUGGUAAUGGUUGUAUCACAAACAAAAAUGUGCGAUUAUCUCUAAGAGGGGAAGGGGAACUCAUGGGUACUACCCAUCGG